AUGCAGAUCUUCGUGAAGACCCUGACGGGCAAGACUAUCACCCUUGAGGUCGAGUCGUCCGACACGAUCGACAAUGUGAAGGCCAAGAUCCAGGACAAGGAGGGAAUCCCUCCCGACCAGCAGCGCCUUAUCUUCGCCGGCAAGCAGCUCGAGGACGGCCGCACGCUUGCCGAUUACAACAUCCAGAAGGAGUCCACCCUCCAUCUGGUGCUGCGCCUGCGUGGAGGUGCCAAGAAGCGCAAAAAAAAGACGUACACCAAGCCUAAGAAGCUCAAGCACAAGAAGAAGAAGGUGAAACUCGCGGUGCUGCAGUUUUACAAGGUGGACGACAGCGGCAAGGUGCAGCGCCUGCGUAAGGAGUGCCCGAACCCUGACUGCGGCCCGGGUACCUUCAUGGCUAACCACUUCGACCGCCAUUACUGCGGCAAGUGCGGCCUGACCUACGUGUACAAGAAGGAAGGCGGUGACGAGUAG